GAUCUCAGAGAGAAGGUGAUUGGAUGGCUCUUGACGUAGGAAAACGUCCUAAGAAAGAACUUGCCUGCUCACCUAUCACACAGAUGCAUCCGUGUAAUUUUGAGAUUAGUCUAGGAUUGUUAGGUGAAAUAAUGUUAGCAGAGCUUUAG